AGGGCCGUCUGCUUUAUCUAACAGCCACUACGCCAAGCGGUGCCUGUCCUGAGCGAAUUCUUUGUUACAGAAGUUUUCAGGCUGAUGAGAUAACCCAGAGGCUGGCGGCACUGGCUCCCGGAGGCCGGGCUGUCGGGAAGAGCAGGCGAGGAGAAACACGAGGUGUGGGUGUCAGCGUGGCUGGAAGUGUGCUGUGUUAGUUCGCUACCCCGACACGUGCUGCAGCAUCUCGUCAGUGCUCGGGGCUGUCUGGCAGCCCUUACGGGGUGAUGCACGGGAGAACCUUCUCGAGGUGCCAUUGAUUUGACUUCACAAGUCAAUUCGGUGCAAGUGGCACUGAGCCCAGGAGCACCUUUCCCCUGAGGUCGAUCUGUGCCAUCGCCUGCCGAUGUGCCCGCUCUAAGAGUGGCCAGAGGGCCCCCACCAGCUGCCAUCCGCAGGGCCCGUGGCAGGGAGCGUGCACCGGGAAGCACGAUGAAGAUCGUCGUCGCCAAAGUGCUGUGUCUGCUGGGCAUCUGUGUCCUCAUGCUGGCUGGGGCCCCCCCCCCUGUCAAGAUCAUUGAGGCCGAUUACGAGAAAGCUCAUCGCUCCAAGAGGGUUCUUGCCCUCUGCAAUUCCUUUGGAGGAGGAGUCUUCCUGGCCACCUGCUUCAACGCCUUGCUGCCUGCCGUGAGAGAAAAGCUCGAUGAAGUUCUCAGGCAGGGGAACGUGACCACAGACUACCCCGUGGCUGAGACCAUCAUGAUGGUUGGCUUCUUUGUGACGGUCUUUGUGGAGCAGCUCAUCCUGACCUUCCAGAAGGAAAAGCCCUCCUUCAUUGACUUAGAGACCUUCAAUGCCGGUUCAGAUGUGGGGAGCGACUCUGAAUACGAGAGUCCCUUCAUCGCAUCUUCCCGAGGGCGCACGCUGUACAGCGAACAAGGUCACCACUCCCACAGCCACAGCCUGAAUCUCCAGGAGCUCUCCCGCUCCGGCCCCUUACGGCUCAUCGGGCUGGUGUUUGCUUUGUGCACGCACUCCAUCUUCGAGGGACUGGCCCUGGGCUUGCAGGAGGAGGGCGGCAAAGUCGUGAGCUUGUUCCUAGGAGUUGCCAUUCACGAGACGCUGGUAGCGGUGGCGUUGGGCAUCAGCAUGGCCAAGACCUCGUUGCCGCUGAAGGAUGCUGUGAAGAUGGCUGUGACGGUGAGCCUGAUGAUUCCUCUGGGCAUUAGCAUUGGGAUGGGGAUUGAGAGCACCCAAAAUGCGGCCAGCAACAUUGCUUCCCUGCUCCUGCAAGGCAUCGCGGGGGGCACUUUCUUGUUCAUCACCUUCUUUGAGAUCCUUGCGAAGGAGUUGGAAGACAAGAACGACCGUCUCUUGAAGGUUCUCUUCCUGGUGCUGGGUUACGCGGCUCUGGCCGGGCUGGUCUUCCUCAAGUGGUGAGCACGAGAGCGGUGGGGAGCAAACCUCACCUCCUUCCCCUGCCAACGGCACCGGAGGUCAGCCUCCUCUUCGGCCAUGGGGGACGCUGAAGCUCAACGGCCAAGCGCAACGUCACGGUCCAGGUGGUAUUUCUGUAUUGACCUGAAGAAGGAGAAUUUCCUCCUGUGUGCUCGGAGGGAGAUAAAAAUGAGGCGUGGUCCCAGUGUAGGUGUCACAAGGUAUUGUCCCUGCCUGUCGGAUCUGCGGGUGCAGCAGCUUGUGCGGAGAUUAGUCGAUGCAAACGUUAAGAAUCUGGUUCUAAGGCUGCCUGCAAAUUGCUCAUCAAGCCUGUGGUUUCCUGGUGGUCUGGGUGGCCAGCCCCCUCCCUCCUUCCCCUCACACCCGCUGCAGAGGCUGCCUGAGAGGCCGCAUCCCUCGCCCUCGGGCUCUGGGAAGGUGAGGAACAGUAACAGAAAUAAAGUCAAGAGCAGGUGGGAUCACUGAUCGCACAGCUGCACUAAGCUGCUUUUGCUAGCUUAGUUUUGAGCAAAACCUGGUUGUAAUAGCUGCCAAAAAUAACAUCCCUGCUGGGGCCGCUCGGGUGCCCGGUGCCGCAGCUCCCCCCAGCCGAGCUUCCAUUUUAACCCACAAGUGGCUCGGGGAGCUUUUGUUUCUCAGAGUGAUUAAUGGGAGAAACGAGGCCGGGCCGGGCCCCAUCCCGUGCUUCAUUCUCUGCAUCUCAUCCAUAUGUUGAGCAUUCCCUAAAGAAAGCCUCCAGCAGAUUUGCAGAUCCUCCCGCCCCUCUCCGAAGGCCCUUCCGCAGCACGCUCGGAGCCCGGGAUCCAUUCCUUUGUACGAAACGGGGGCGGCAGCGGGCCCCAGCAUUAAUAUCUUAGGGCAAGCGCUCGCGUUUUAAAUGGUCUGCAGUGAAACGGCUGUAGCCGUCGCCAUCAAAGGCCUCUUCAGGGCUGCUCCCGGAGCCUCCGCUCUCGCUGCCAGCAGGCUCACGUGGCCGUGCUGCUGGGCGAGCGCGAGCCGUGCUGCGGAGGCUUUGCGGGGCAUUUUGUCGGGGUUUUCAAAGGAGAGAAAUCUCUUCCCCGGGGGGUUGCGAGGUUGCGGAAGGGCUGAUUAGAGGCACUUGCAAUCUGACUGCGCAGGAGCAGAUCUCGCCGUGUCUCCAGAGCGCGGCCCCCGGGGGAAGCUCAGCGUGCUGCCGAUCCCGUCGUGAUCCUUGGGAUUUGCUUUCCACGGCGAGGAGCUCGGAUCAGAGGCUGGAGCCGGGAACCUGCCCUCCCCACUCCCUCCCGCGGCUGUAACACCGGCGAGCGGCUCCCGCUCCGCAGCCCGGCAGGGUAACGCAGCCGUGCUUCUCGCGGGGGAUGCAUUUUAAUUAGAUGUAGCCUUUGCUUCUGCAGCAGCUUUUGGAAGCGCUGAUGGAAUUAUAACGAUGUAGAGCGGGCUUAGCCGUGGCGCAGUCCCCGUUAGCGUGAUCCAAGGGGGAAGAAGGAUGGGUGAGACUGGGAAGCAGCAUCUUGGAGCCAGUGGUUGGCACAGCUGCAGCAUAUGGAGGCUGAUGAGGAUCAUCUGACGGUUCCUGGUGCUCGGUGUUUUAAUUGCUGCAACAUACCGGAGUCAAUUAAUCUUGCUUUGAAAAACCUGGAGGGGAAGGGGGGAGGGAGGGUUAUUUUAGGCCUCAGAUGACACAAAUUAGCAGGGCUUGAUGAGAAUGUAAUUUGCCUCCACGUGGUAACCCUCGGUGUGUUAUUUCACUCCUCGCGGGCAGCUCGUGCGGGGCAGCGUGGCUCCCAUCGGGUGUUUCUCCGGGCGGGUGUGACGCUGGGGUGGGGAGCGCAGCGCCGAGUGUCCCUCCCCGGGCGCAGGGGGGUUCUGCGGCUGAUGGUUUUCUCGUAGGGGGUUUCCCCCC